AUGACUAUUACUCAAGAAGCUCAUAGCAGCGUAAUUGCAAGAACCUGUGACGUCAACGAGCAGCUCAGUUUCGAUGAACUUGUGGCCAAACUGGGUGAGAUUUUGAACGUUUCUCAGCAUCUCGAUGUCUCGAACAUUGACCAUGUACAAAUUCAAGCGCUAAUGGAUAGAUACCAAUCCAACGAAGAUGACUGGUCCAAAUGUGCUCUACGGGAGAGUUCCAGAGGCUACACCAGAAAUGGCGUGGUGAACUUCGGUGAUAACGCCAAUUUAUUAAUUCUUGUGUGGAACCCGGGUAAAGGCUCUGCCAUUCAUGAUCAUGCCGGAGCACAUUGCGUGAUGAAGAUUCUUAAGGGGACUCUGCAAGAGGAGUUGUUUGAUAACUCUGAUUCAGAAAGCACCCAGGAGCCCGAAAAGCCCAAAAAGAUGCAAUGCUUUGACAAGCACUUGAUGUACGUCAAUCAGAGUCGUUACAUCAAUGACCAUAUUGGAGUUCAUCGAGUCACGAACAAGGGAAAGGAGCCGGCUGUCAGUCUUCACUUGUAUACUCCACCCUAUGCGAUGAAAUACGGUUGUAAUAUCUUUAGUGAAACGGCAGGCCGUAAAUCACAUGUUGAUAUGUCCAAACUGUACAGUUGGCAGGGUAAGAUUGUCAAUAAGAAUAUGUAUUCGAAUUGCUGA